ACCAUAAGUAUAAAUGUUCCCAUCAUCUCUGCGAGGAAUUCUCUCAUGCUUUGAUUUGCUUUCAAGCGACCACUCAACCUAAAAAUUGCAUCCAUGAUUGUUUUGCUCGUGCUUGCCUGCUUCAGUUUCCCUGCAAUGUUUGAAAAAUAAUGAUAAAUAAAGGUUCACAGUAACUGAGUUCUGAUGAAUAUGAUAAUGCGAUUUUGGAUAUUAGCAAACAUUUGCAGCCUUUAUGUUUGGUACAGCACUCGAAAGGCAGACUAAAAAGGAUUUUUCCUACUGAAGAGACCAAAAGCACAGCAUAUAAGGAAUCAUGUGUUGAACAAACCUCCUGGUAGACAGCCAAGAACGAUCAGCAGAAUUUAUAGCCAAUUUUUUUCUUGCUCUUUAAUAGGAGGAUCUAGGCAAAGCAUUGUUAUUGAAGGAAAGAGUGGUUUGAAUGAUGACAUCUUAUCAUUAGGCUGUUUGCAUUUACUCGCAAAGAUAGACAAAGCAAUUUUUUACUUAAGUGGUUGGCUUUUGUCAUGUCAUCUUGGAACCAACUGGUGCCUUUCUUUCACGGAUUUUUUCAAACCUUAAUGGAUUUGAAACAAUGUGUAAAUAUGCGUAGCCUUUUUUCAUGUAUAGAUAGAAUGGUAAUUUCUACUCUUUCCACAGCAUCAUGAGAACUUGCAAUGUUCUCCAUAUGUAGAGAUAAAAGUUUGUUUUUUUCCAAUGUGCAAAGGAUGGAUAUUCAUCAAUGCAAUUUCAUGUUUCAAUUUGAUCAUCAAAAUGCCUCCGUUGUUCUGUAUCUUUACAGCUCAGUUUUAUCAGUUUUUUGUCACUGUUCAUAGAGUCAAAAAACGGUGCAAAGCGAAACCUGUUCUAUUUAUGCUCUUGACCAAUUCCUCUUCUAAAAGUCUUAUUGUAGAAGAUAUUUACUGGGUACAUUUGAACCACAGCAGAAGUAAUUGUUUAGGCAAUAAGCUCAUUUUAUCGUGCCACCAAACAGCAAGCAUUGCUCCCUAAACCUUUUCAGCCCAGUUGUUCUCGAAUAUUUUUCUGCUUGUCAAUAUGCCAGUGGAUCUCUUGUCCGUAGGCUCGGCUGUCGAUUGUUUUUAUAUUUUAUUAAAAUGGCAAUGGAAAUACGGUUCUAAGUGGAAGUUAUUGCCCAGUUCUAUGCUGUUUUUCCAUCCAAAAUUCAGCGAAGCUCUGUUGAACCCGUGCUUUUUGUCUGCGAACCUACUCAGUCUUUUGUGCUCUUCUUCAAUAGAAUUAAGAGGAUUAACGAGCUUGAGUUGGCGAAGUAUCUUCUUCGAUUUCAACAGCAGGGACACGUGAAUGUGGACGUUGGGGGUCCCAUUUUUCCUGUUCAAAUCUAUAACUGUUAAAAAGUGUCCCAAAUCAAUAAUUUUUAGCUGCAAACUGACAAAAUUUUGGAGGAAAAAUUUUCAGGAAGGCAUCGGGCUUUAGGUGCUCACUAUGCAAUGGUUGAAGGGCCUUUGUUGGUGGAAGCCUUUUUAAACGUUUAUGUAUCUAUAGAGAAAACCUGCUGGAAAUUUCUAAUAGAAUCAUUCGAAGGGUACGAGUUUCAAUAACUACAGCUCGUUAUUGCACUUUAAUGACGUGUGCGGUGGAAGACCGCUUGGCUCGAUAGUUCUUUUGAAAUUGGAGCAUGUCAGUUAAAUAUAGUUAAAUAUGAUUUAUUCCAUGUUGGUUGUUACAAAAAUAGAAAAAUGCUAAUUCAGACUAACAUGAAGGAUUGCAAAAGACAGUUCAGUUACUGUGAAGAGAACAAGUUUUAAUCAAAUUUUUCGAAUUCUUUUGAAUUUCGGGCUGUUUUGAUUUCAUCUGGAAGUGAGUUCCAGAUUUUCGACCCUUGGAAUCUGAGCGAUCUGUUUCCAUAACUUGCAGUUCUACUGUUUGGCAUCAAAAGGGGAUUUUGUACACGAAAGUUGUGACUCGUUAGUUUUUGCGAUAAGUCGAAGCAAAACACUUAAACUGUGGGUACUGUGUCAUAGACUUCUAUUUCAACAUAUUUCAACCUGCGAUUCUGCUAUCGGGCAGCAUUUACUGGAAAAAACUAUAAUGGCGACAUGUUUCGGGUUAUUGGUAAAGCCCGAUCGUCGUUCCAUCUAACAGUUUUGGAAUCUAUCUACAUAAGCACGAAAAAACCGCUAUUGUGUAGACAGAAGGAGUUCGUUUUCACCUUAGGACUCAAUUGGUAACAUUCUCAAUAGGCAAGCGGCACUGAUUGGUCAACCUCAACAGCCAUGUGCUCGCGUUUCUGAUUGGCCUAUUUCGAUUCACAGCUGGGUAUAUAUAUUUCCUAGCGAAGAGUUUUCGAUCUUUGUUCGGACGCUUUAAACUCUGAAGAGUGUCAGACGAAAAGAUUUAGUUUUCUAAAUGUUUGCUUUUUUCAAAGCUUUAAUUAUAAGAAUAAAACAUCUAAUCCAAGAAAAACAGCAAGUGUUACUUUUAACGAUUUGAUCUCUAUUCUAGCAAAAGAAGUACGAGUUUUCUUUAACCAUACACUAAAAAAUUUCAAUAUAAAUCCAAAAAUUAAAUCUAAAUUCCAACAUUAAACAUUUUCCAGAGAGAAGAAAGCCUAAAUCUCUUCAGCGAAGUGCCGCUAUAUUUCUAGAAAUCGUUAGCAUACAAAAGUAUUGGACUAGAAUAUGAUCCUUGGGGUCUUCGCAUCACGCUGGUAAACACAGCACGUUGAAGGUGCAUGCUUUACGUCAAUUUUCGAGACAAGGAAAUGGCCUAUAAGAGGUUUCGCAUUUUCAAUCACAUUUUUCUGUUUCUCUGAUUAAAUUGUUCUGUUUAUUUUCUUUGCAAAGCCGCAGAACGCUCAACGGCAAGUUGUCUGGCCGAGAACGUGAGAGCUGCGGGGGAGCGUCGAACUAAACAGUUGGACGAACUAUAAGAUAAAAGAACAGAUAAACAGAAAAUGGUCAUAUUAUGCGGCAAGGAGAAAAGGGCAUUGACAGUGUCAGCUCAACCGUAUAGCUAGCGGUCUCCCUGUUUGCCAUAAUGCAAAUAUGAAUGACUGUACGCGAAAAUUUCACCAAACGUCACAGCUGAGAAGUGAGUUGGCUGCUGAUAGUUCGUCAUACCGAGAAUAAGUUUAAAACGACAACUUGGUAAGAAAGUAUUGCAUUGUGUUCACGUAUCUUUUUUCAUGAUGGAUUCAUUCAUUGUAACUAGUAGGCCAAAAGAACACUCGGUUGCUAAUGUGAUAAAACAAGUGCAACUCUGUGAUAAACAUCACUGCAGGAGACGGCAAAUUAAUACACUUAUGAUACAAUCUAAACCUUUGAAAAUUGUAAGGGUAUAUUUUGCCAGAUUUUGCCACCGUUCUGUUCUAAUAAAGUUAUUUUGCUAGGAAAAUAUCAUUUUUGCUGGGCAAAUUGCCCACUCUGUGCAACCAGGUCUCUCUAAACGUGCAUUCGAAGCUUAUCGCGUCCUACAACAUUAUUUUAUCUAGCCUUCAUCAUUUGAUACAGUGAAGUUUCCUUUUUUCAUCCUUAAUUGUUUUGUCACGCGUAAUAAAAUUGUCACUACUUUCGAAAGGGCUUUUUCUGGUAAACCGUGAGCAAAUGCUGUGGAAUUUUGAUCUUUACGCUACGAACAACAAACUGAAAGAACUGUCAAUAUCGUAUCUCCGAUGUCUUGUAAAUCGACGCAAAUUUGUAAUAGCAUUCCUCAAUAUAUUCUUAUCGGCCGAAGGUUAUGAACCUGAGGAUUCUAGCCUCACAAGACGACAAUUUGUCGUCAUAUAGGUCAUGACUAUUAAGAUAACUAAAUACAGGGACGCCGGAACAACCAAGGGGCAAGGGGGGGGCAGGCUUUAGUAAAAGGGAAUUUGAAAGAUAACUCCCAGCUUCUACUUAUUCUUUCUACUAAAUGCCAUUUUAUUUCGAACUUUGGUAGGUAUCUUGAAAAUUGGCUAACUUUUGGAAUAAGGGUUUCUUUUACAAGUUUUGAGAAAUGUUGUCAUGAAUUUAGCACUAAAAUCAGAAUUUCCUAAGAAUCUCUCUGAUUAUUGCGAAAUAAACAGUUUCAAAUGCACAUUAAUGAAAAGGGCACUCUGGUCCCUCUUGCUCCUCCUAUCAAAAGGCAACAGGGUUCCCUUCUCCGGCGUCCCUGACUAAAAGCAAAGAGGUAACACCUUAAUGUCAUGGAAACAAUGAUAUUGAUACUAUUUUCAGCAUUAACUUGCAACCCUGUUUUCAAAACCCUCACAACUUUGGCGUGAAUUUUGUCCACCGUGUCUCAAUGAUAUUGCCGUGUCUCGAGUGGUUUUGAACUGAGGCAGUGUCGUAAAGAAUGGCUUCGAUAUAGCACCGAUGAGAAAAGCAGACAUAAAAUUCAUAUUAACCAAAGGAAUAUACAAAUAUUUUCACAGCAAAUUAAAUUGCAAAGGAAAAUUCAAGAAGAUUCGAUUUUCUGGAAUUGUUCUUAUGAACUACCACGUGAUAGGAAAUUGGCUGCAUUGUUCAUUUGGAUCAGGCUCUCUGACCAACAGCACCUUGCUACGCAGCAGAUAUCGCUUACAAUGCAUGCAUUAUUAAUGGGAAAUGGAAUCAUUAAUUUCAUUUCACAACUAAGAAGUCGUGAUUUUAAGGCUGUCGUUAUCUCUGUGGUAGCGAGAAAAUCUGCCAACCUGUUUGAAUUGGCUCAAGAAAUCUGUCCAGUUCUCAGUUGGCAAUCUCCCUGUCCUGUCUCACAGAAAUGCAAAGAGACGCCUUAAAGCCUUUAUUUACACGAUCAAAAAAAGAGGAUGCACUUCUCCCCAGUGUUGUUGUUCUCCCAAAGAUUGGCAACGAUCGCAAAGACUCUGAAUUUGCCAAAGAUCCAAACAGAGGUGACAAUGGAGGACAGGUAGUAUCACCACAGAGGCCCUUUCUUGGUGGCAGACGAGUUUCCAAAACCAGUUUCAAGCCUACAGUGUCGCCAAAAUCUGACCUCUUAGCUGAAAGAAGGACAACAGGGUUCCCAGCACUUUCAACAAAACCACCAUUGCUCGUAGCAAAGAAAGUCCAAAGAAGAGAAAAGAAGGAAGUACAGAGUUAUCUUCCUUUUAGAGAUCGACUAAGGAGCUUUCCCAAUUCGUCUAGACAACCCGACAUUAAGGAUCAUGCUCCAUUUGAAGAAGGGCUGUCAGAAGUUCCAUUAAAGGAAAGUGAUACAGUUGGCCAAGAUGAAAGCCACUCCACGAUCGACGAGUUAAAUGCCUUUGAAGAUCCUUCUUCGAGGGACUUCUGGCAUUACAAUAAGCCACCGCCGUUUCUUUCGCGGAGAGAAUCAGUAUGCAGUAGCUGCGGAGGAGCUCUGUCAUAUUCAAACUCUUUUGCAAGCACGCGACGCUUUUCUGCGGUUUCAAUCGAGGUUCCAAACGAAAAUCUUACGAAAAAGUCUUUUAUAAACAGACACAGGGCUUUGAUUGUUGAGGACCCUUUGGAAAUGAAAAAUGUUACUAGCCAGUCUGAAAAAUGGCCUGAAAACGGCCAGCAAUUGGUAAAAAACAGCACAAGUGCGGAGAGAAUCGAGUUAGAUAGACUAGAGAAACAAAGAAAUCUGCUAUACGACUUGAUAUCUGUCCUCUACAAAAAAAAUUUUGUCAAGGAAGAAAUUCGUCCUUACGUUCGACACGCUUUAGAAAUAUGCAGCAUAGAACCGUCAAAAAGCAAAGAAGACGAAUCAUGAACAAAGCCUUUGGUUCUUCACAAGAUUUUCGAUCAAAAAUACUUUUGGAGUAGGCUUUGGGAAACAUCACUCGACUACAAAUGCACCAUUCAGGUUACCUUCUCAGAUAUCAAUCAAACCGCGAAACAGAACUUGUAUCAAGUCAAUAAUUUGUAAAUAUAUGAUUAAAUUAUUUUAUAGUGAUUAUAUUUAUAAACAAUGUGUAUUAUUUAGUCAAUAAUGCUGG